AUGGCUGGAUCACCAAAACGCCUACCAAUCUAUUCUAUUUUACAGAUAUACUUGGUUUCAAUCCUGUGUCUACAAUAUGUUGUGGCAGAUGAUUAUUGCAAAGCUACGCCGAAUGCAACUCCAGGACCACAAGAUCCACCAUUACCAACUCUACCCAAAUCGUUUCAAACUCGAAUAGAAGCUAAUAUAAUUGAUCGACAUUACACCAUGGCAGCCGUGGAAUAUGUCGAUGAUGAUAACAACAGAGCGGCUCUUAAAAUGUGGAAAAAUGGGGUCGAAACCGAUGUCUUCUUCGAUUAUGAUAACAAUCAACUGUUUUCAAUCGUUGACAAUAUGUGUGUAGUUACCAAUUUAAGUAGUGAUCCUAAUACAGUGAUAUUUGGAGGUGGAGACACUCCACCUGGUGGUAUACCCCAUGUCUAUACAACUGCUGGGGUACUUCAUUUUGCUAAACAAUUCGGCGAGGUAUAUCAAGGAAAGGCUACUAUAAGAGGUCAACAGGCUAAUCAAUGGCGCUCCUGUUUAUUUUGGCCUAAUGUGAAUGCUAACUUUACAGUGGAUUACUACUUUUCUGAUCCAUCAUGGAACACUUCAUCAACAAUGACUGCCGUGCCAUUGAGAGCUGACGUUAAUGGUGUUUAUGUGAUAGCCCAAAUUGAACCCGUGUCAUUUCAUCACGUAUAUGAUUUUAUUGAUUUUAGACCAACUGUACCUGAUGACCCAAGUUUAUUUGAGACACCUCCUGGGGUAUCAUGUGGGGGUCGUAAGAAAGUUCGUGAUAUGCCUAAAUUAAAGAAUAGUUAUUAUUAUCGAGAAGAAAUUAUUUCUGAAGACAGUCAGUCAAUCACACAAGCAGAUGUAUGGUAUAACUAUGAUUGGAAAUUGGUCAGAUAUGAUAAAAGAGCUCAGAUAGCUCAGGCACCAUAUUGGAAUUUGAACCCUAUAACUGAAAUACAUGACUAUAAUACAGGUGUGGCCUAUGCUAUGGAUAACGUGAUAAAGAACUGCACUAUAAUGCCCAUUGAGAAUGCCACAUGGGAUUCAACAUUUAACGGAUCAACAAAUUAUAUAUAUUUGAGAAAUCCACAAUCCUUAUUCUUCUUGGACAGUUCUUAUUCUUAUUCUGGGCAGAGAAAAGCACGUGGAAUUGAUUGUGAUGUAUUUACUUCUACUCGAACAGAUUUUGACAAUUCACCAACAGUAUUUGAGAUGUACUUUUUAUCGGACACCUGGUAUGCCAGUGACAAUAAAGGUUUGGAUCAAACGACAAUAGAUAUACCAAUACGACUUACUGUCACCGCAGCCAAUGAUGAGGCGUAUCCUACUAUUUAUGAAUUGUAUGAUUUUGAUCAAGAAAUUCCAGAUAUUCAAACAGCUUACGAUGUUUCUAGAUGUUAUUCAGAUAUGGAUAAGAUAGAUUUUAGAAUAACGUUUCCAACUACUGCAGGAGAACUACUGAAUGAAUUUAGAGCAAUAUUUAUAGAUAAGUCUAUACAGUUAAUAUCAUCACUAGCGGGUACCCUGUCACUGGUCAGAAUAACUAAAGCCGAAGUACAUUGGAAUGAUAAUAAUGUAUAUUUGAUAGCUACGUUAUUGGAUAAAGCACCACCAAUAGCUAAAUUCCGAAAACAAGCUGGUAAAAUCUAUCAGUAUAAAAACGCCAUGCAAUUACAAGGGGUACAAGAUCCCGCCUCUUGUGCUGAACAGUGUGAUUCGUCAGACCAGUUCACUUGUAAUAGUUUUGACAUUUGUGCUGGAAAACAAAUCUGUAGUUUAAGUCAAGAUUAUGCUUCUGAUGGAUCUAAACUGGGUGAUAGUUUAGAAUGUGAUCAUUAUACCAGAGUCUUAAAUACUCGAGUUGAUCAAGAAAUCGCUUUGAAUGAUGCCUGGAUUAUUUUGACAGAUCAGGUCGUUAAAGGAACCUUUCAAUUUACUAUUUUAUUAGAUGAUAAUACUAAACAAGUUUUUAAAGCCUCUGACAUUACAUCUGAUAUUUUAAGAAAUCCAAACAGGCAAGCAUCAAAAACGGCUUUACAACAUUUUACCGGAAGUGCAAAUAAGGAAGUCAAGGGUUUCGACGAUUUGAUUUUAACGGGGAUGUCUGUAGACGAUUGUGCUAAUGAAUGUUUAGGAGAGGUUAUAUUUACAUGUCAAUCAUUUGAAUAUUGUUAUGAUACCGGAUAUUGCGUCAUGAGUCAACAACAUCCUGAUGAAAGACCUGAUCUGAUACAAGCCAGUGAUCACUGUGACCUGUAUACAAGACAAUACACGGCCAAAUUUACAGAAACACCAGGAGUGACAGUGCUCUCAGCUUCGGAUACCAUCUAUCAAAAUAUUUUUACUGAUAAUCAAUGUGCUAAACUAUGUGUCGAUUAUUCAGAAUUUGAUUGUAAAUCAUUUGAUUAUUGUCCCAAUAUAAAUACAUGUUUCCUUGGUAAAAAAACAUGUAUUUGAUGUACCAAAAUCACAGAUUAAUAAAGAUGUUAGAUGCAAUCAUUAUUCAAGAAAUUAUGCCGAUGACUUUAAAGUCAAAGCUAAUAAACAGAUAUCAUUGCGUGAUAAUAGAGUUAUAGAAGGUAUAAGUGCUGAACAAUGUGCUAAAUUGUGUGUUGAGGAAGAAUCAUUCUCAUGUGCAAGUUUUGAUUAUUGUAGUAAUAUGACUAAAUGUAGAUUAAGCGAUGCUGCAAUGUCAGAUGUAGGCCAAGUGACGGUCGAAACUUCAGCAUAUUGUGCUGUUUAUCAACGAAUGUAUUUCCCAGAUGGAUCAUUAUACACAAAUACUAAAUCUUCGGGUUAUUCUGCUGGUGCUAUGGGCGGACUUGGAUUUGCUAUGUUAGUAGUUGGUGCUGUACUUGCAAUUGCAAUAUAUUUCGGAAUCGGGAAAAUGCGAGGAAAGAGUUUCGAUUCUAUGACCAUUUCAUUUAAAAAUAUGGAAAACAGUGAUUAGUUUGUUUGUAUUGUCGUGAUAAUGAAUCUUUUACUUUUGUAAAUAAAAUGUUUGAAUAG